GGUCACACUAAAUGUUGUAGCGAGUCGAGAAGGUUGUGCGCGCGGGCUCACGGAUACUUUUCAGUUACUUACUACUUAACAAUUUUUCGCAGAACGCGAGUGAGUGCCUCGCGUUUGAUUCAGACCCUGAUACAUAUAUUGCCUGCAAAUUGGAAGCGUUGGAUUGCGACCUAACGGUGCAUUUAAAAUUAUCGAUUCAAAUUAAUUGGCUUUUGGAACGCUAACAACUGACUGAUCUUUUCCCACCUCUUCUGGGCACAAACUGGAAUGAGAGUCCAGCCACAACGAAGUACAAUCAGUAGGAUGACCUCAAGUAGUAGUUUAAUCAGCCUCAGCUGCCUCCUGGUCCUAAUUCAAGCCCUAGUUCCUGCCAAGGCUGCAGUGCACUCAGUGUUCACUCACAAGAACGCCUCCUCGGUGUUGGGGCAAUUGGUCACCUCAAGCACCCUUGUUUGGGAGAGCUAUGAUCCGAAGGACGUCACUCAGCUGCAAUUUGCCGUGGAGGGCGGAAAGUAUGUCACCGAGGAUGAGCACUACCCAAUCUACGUGUGCCGUGUGCCCAUCGACGGCUUCCAGGUGUCCGGCCACACCGAGAAAAUCCUUCAAAGACACGUCUGCGUUGCGGCCCACUAUAAGCACGGAAAGUACGACAACUUUGAUGUUCUGAUGAACAAGGGUCACCUGGGAAAAGUUGGCUGGCGGCAUUGGCGCAAGUUCGAUGCUGGUGUUCCGGUGGGAGCCAUUCGUAUUGGGGACGACUCCUACAUUGGACGCCACAGAGCCCCGAUUCAACCGAACCAGGAGGGCAUUAUCACUCACUGGGGCGCAGACUUCAACCUGGGACACUUGGAACCCGUGGGCCUGGGAAAAAUAAGGGUAAUUGAGAACGAACGUGAAAAAUACUAUGAUGAUGGAGAGGUUUUAGUCGAGACGGAGCCUUUCCGCUAUGAGCUCAAGGACAUCAAAUUGGAUCGCUUGCGCACCGAUAUUAAGGAAAACCUGACUGAACUGGUCACUAGGAAGCUGGAAAAUCUGGAAGACAAAUACAGCACUGUGGAGACCAUUCUUAGCUAUAGCUUUGACUAUAAUCAGUACUGGGGAUCUCAUGAGGGUGUGGCUCGAGGUCUGCCCACAAAAAUAUUUGAGAAAGAUAUGGCCGCUCCCGCUGAAAUUAACUGGGCCCUUAAGCACACCGAGAAGCGAACGGAAAACAAGGCAGUUCACACUAAACUCUGGCCUGGCACAGCAAUUAAUGUUACACUACGUGGCAACUAUGUUACUCUGGAGGCGCCGUACAGUGGAAAGCUCUUUGCCUUCUACUAUGGCAGUGAAGAGAGCGUUUCCCGAAAGAUCAGUGCGGAGGUGCGCAAAAGCUACUUGAAGGAUGUGAAGUUGGAGUUUAGCCCAGUGUACUGGAUUGAGAACGGAACUCUGGUACCCACAACGACAACCACAACGACAACAUCCACAUCGACCACGACACAUGCCACCACAACCAGCACCAACGAACCUACGCCCAUCAACGAGCCACCGCUGGUCCAUAUGAAGGACAAGGGUGUACAGCAUUCGGGUCCCGAUACAUUGGAGAAAACCUUGCAGGACUCGCCAUCCAGCAAUGAAGUGAACUCGCACGAAGCACCCGAGAACAUGUCCUCUAAUCCUGGCAAGGACGUGGACGUGGCGCUGGCAGGGUUCGGAGUCAACGCAGCGGGGUCGAUAGCAACUGCAGGGUCGGCUUUCUUAACGCUACUUGUAACGGUUUUCCUGAGUCUGUAAAUGAAAUUGAGCUCUGGACUUAGAAUAGCGUUUAAUUGUUGUUGUUGUACCUGUUGUACCCGUCUUUGAGAGCGAAAGAAAUACGCAGAUAGACAUUAUAGGCUCCGAAUGGAGUUAGGUAUAUAAGAAAUAGCAAGCCCCUUAACCGGGAGGAAUUUUGGUGUGGAAACGGCAAGCAAAAAUCGAUAUUUUUUAUACUUGUACCAAGGCUUCUUCUAUAACGCGCAUGCAAGUAGCAAUAUUGAAAUUACCAAGAACACAAACGUAAUACAUUCCUAAAAUAAAUCCCUCACAAACGGAAAUGAAUCAAAAGUAUAAAUUAAAAAUAAAUAUAUAUAUUCAUGUAUACUACAUUCAUGUAGAAAUUUUUUAAAGGUUUUUUUUAUUUGCAAUGCAAAACAUAAAGUCGAAUGAUUUAAAUGGCUUUUCAUUUCUUUAGAUAUUAAGCCGCAUUAAUAGCAAGUAGAAAAGGUACUAAAAAUGAAUUGACAAUUUAUUUAGGGAUGAUAUUAUAAAUCGCGCUCUUUAAAAUGAUGUAUGUAUAUGUCUAAAAUGUAAACCUAUGUAAAACAUAAGUACGAGUAUGUAUGCUAUUGUUUAAGAAAAACACUCCAAAUAUGUAAAUUAGAACUUCUUUCCUUAAAAUCUUUGAAUUUAAAUAUGAUUUGCGUUUCCUUUAGAUCAGUCUUGAAAAUUGGUUUGAUUUUGUAUACGUCGAAGAUACAGUGAAUCUCUUAUUUCGUAUAAAAAAAAUAAAGCUUGUAAAUUAAAAAUUGAAAAAAAA